AACAAUUUAAAUGCCCAAUCACAAUUGUUCAAACCAAUAUAAUACUGGAAACAAUUAGUCAACUUGGUCUGGCUAGAGCACAUUGUUCCAAUAUGGUUGGGUUAUCAAAAUCACAUAUUGGUGACCAUUGUUGUGUCUCCUUCAUAUUUCCAACAUUAACCCUCUUUUACUAAAACCAUCUGUUAAGGCUAGUGCCUAAAUUUGGACCCCUUCUAACAUCUUUAAAUUAAUACCCAUUCUCUCAUCCCUCUCAGAGACCUUGUACACUACCACUGCAACAAAGUCUCUCUCUCUCUCUCUCUCUCUCACACACACACACACACACAAUAUGAAGAACAGCAUUAACAACACAAAGCUCAUCCUCCUCCACCCCUAUAUCCAAAAACAAGGAAGCUCCAACCGUCUAUGGCUUCUAGCUUUCCUUUCAUUCUUCACAGUUGCCUUUCUUGUCACCCUCAUUUACACUAGAGAAUCUAUAGCCAUCACCACCACCGCUGCUGCAGCUUCGGCUGCCACCAGUGCCGGAAACCCUCCCUUAUCAAAAACCCUAGUCAAGGCCCUCCUCCACUACGCCUCCACCUCCAACAACACAGACCAUAUGUCAUACUCCGACAUCAAACCUAUCUCCGACGUCCUCCGGCAAUGCCAGACUCCUUGUAACUUCCUCAUUUUUGGCCUCACCCCGGAAACCCUUCUCUGGAAAGCACUCAACCACAAUGGCCGAACAGUCUUCAUCGACGAAAACCGAUAUUAUGCAGCCUACAUGGAAGAAAAAUACCCUGAAAUCGAAGUCUACGACGUGCAGUACACCACGAAAAUAAGCGAAAUCAAGGAGCUGAUAAGGUCAGUGAGAGACCAAGUACGCAAUGAGUGCAGGCCUGUCCAAAACCUAUUGUUUUCUGAGUGUAAGGUUGGACUUAAUGACCUUCCAAACCAAUUGUAUGAGAUGGAUUGGGAUGUGAUAUUGGUGGAUGGGCCACGUGGGUACUGGCCGGAAGCACCAGGUCGUAUGUCGGCGAUCUUCACCGCCGGCGUGCUGGCCAGGAGCAAGAAGGGUGGUGGCAAUGCUAAGACGCAUGUUUUUGUGCAUGACUUCAACAGAGAAGUGGAGACAGUUUCUAGUGAAGAGUUCUUGUGCAAAGAGAACUUGGUGAAGUCUAAGGACUUGCUUGGCCACUUUGUUAUUGAAAGAAUGGAUGAGAAUAGCCUUCAAUUCUGUCGGAACCAUAUGUCGUCUUCGUCUUUGUCGGCGUCGUCGUCAUCUUCAUCAGCUUCAUUAUCAUCUUAAGCUUUCUCGAUAUAUACCAUCAUCGAUCAACAUUGUAGUCCCUAAUAUUGGUCAAUGGUAUAAGGAGGUAACUUUGGUUAUUUAUCACCAAUUUGGUUGUUGACCUUUUCUCUAGAGUGGGUUGAAUGUAAGAAAUAAUUUUUUUGAGGGACGUGUAAAAAUGCAUGCAAUUUCAUUCAAUGAAAAGUAAACCUUUGCUUUUGUUAAA